AUGGCGGCGGAGUCGGCGCUCCAAGUUGUGGAGAAGCUGCAGGCGCGCCUGGCCACGAACCCAGACCCUAAAAGAAACAAUGAAGCUGAGGAUCAGGAUCUUGAGAAGAGCAUCUCCCGAAAGCGCCCUCGAGAUGCUCUUCAGAGGGCGGAGGAGAUGGAAGGGGACUACCAGGAAAGCUGGAAAGCCUCUGCCAGCCGGUCCUAUAGCCCUGAGCACAGACAGAAAAAACACAAAAAACUCUCAGAGCCUGAAAGGCCUCACAAAGUGACUCACAGUCACGAGAGGAGGGAUGAAAGGAAGAGGUGUCACAGAGUGUCACCACCAUAUUCUUCAGACCCUGAGUCUUCUGACUAUGGCCAUGUUCAAUCUCCCCCACCUUCCAGUCCACAUCAAAUGUACACAGACCACUACAGGUCACCAGAGGAGGACCAUGAGCCCAUCAUUUCACACCAGAAGCCUGGAAAAGUCCACAGUAAUACCUUUCAGGACAGACUAGGGGUUAGUCACGAAAGACACCUGGCUGAGCACCAGGCGAAAGGGGAUGUAAGCCAAAACAAGGAGCACAAAUCUUCCCACAAGGAGAAACGCCCUGUGGAUGCCAGGAGUGAGGAGAAGGUCUCUGCCCUGGGCAGAGAGAAAUCACACAAGGCCUCUUCCAAAGAGGAACACCGAAGGCUACUCUCAGGGGACAGUGCCAAGGAGAAGCCACCCUCCAGUGUUGUCAAGAAAGAGAAGGACAAAGAGGGCAGCAGUCUCAAGAAGAAGUUUCCGCCUGCCUUGGAGGCGGCUUCAGAUAACCACUUUCGAAAGCCCAAACACAAGGACUCGGAGAAGAGCAGGUCUGAGAAGAGCAGGCCGAGGGCGGACGGCUCCGACUCAGGGCGGGGGGCCGGAGACCUGCUGCCCAAAGCCAAGGAGAAAGUUCCCAACAACCUGAAGGAGGGCAAAGGAAGAACUAACUUGGAUCGAAAGUCACCGGCCUCCCUCCCUAAAGUAGAGGAGCCGGACGUGGAUGACGAGUUUGAGCAGCCCACCAUGUCCUUUGAGUCAUACCUCAGCUAUGACCAGCCUCGGAAGAAAAAGAAGAAGGUUGUGAAAGCUUCAGCCACAGCACCCGGAGAAAAGGGCUUAAAAAAAAAGGACUCUAAAAGCAUUAGUAAAAACUUGAACUCAGUUCAGAAAUUACCCAAGGUAAACGAGAACAAGUCAGAGAAGGUGCAGCCAGCAGGAGCCAAACCCACCAGGCCUUGAAAGGUCCCUACUGAUGCGCUGCCGGUGCUGCCAGACAUCCCCCUACCCGCCAUACAGUCCAACUACCGACCCCUGCCUUCCCUGGACUUGAUUUCUUCCUUCCAGCCAAAGCGCAAAGCAUUCUCUUCACCCCAGGAAGAAGAAGAAGCUGGAUUCACAGGACGCAGAAUGAAUUCUAAGAUGCAGGUGUAUUCAGGUUCCAAGUGUGCCUAUCUCCCCAAAAUGAUGACCUUGCACCAGCAAUGUAUCUGGGUGCUGAAGAACAAUAUCGACUCCAUCUUUGAAGUGGGAGGAGUCCCCUACUCUGUUCUCGAACCUGUCUUGGAGAGGUGUACACCUGAUCAACUCUAUCGAAUAGAGGGAUGCAAUCACGUACUCAUUGAGGAAACAGAUCAGUUAUGGAAAGUUCACUGUCACCGAGACUUUAAGGAGGAAAGACCAGAAGAGUAUGAAUCCUGGCGGGAGAUGUACCUGCGGCUUCAGGAUGCCAGAGAGCAGCGCCUACGCCUGCUGACAAACAACAUCCGCUCUGCGCAUGCCAAUAAGCCGAAAGGACGACAAGCAAAGAUGGCUUUUGUCAACUCUGUGGCCAAACCACCUCGAGAUGUCCGACGAAGGCAGGAGAAGUUUGGAACUGGAGGAGCAGCUGUCCCUGAGAAAGUCAGGAUUAAGCCAGCACCUUAUACAACAGGAAGCAGCCAUGUUCCUGCCAGCAGCAGCAGCAGCAGCUUCCACUCCAGCCCUGAGGAGGUGGCCUAUGACGGGCCUAGUACCAGCAGUGCCCAUUUAGCUCCAGUGGCCAGCAGUUCUGUUUCUUAUGAUCCUAGGAAACCAGCUGUGAAGAAAAUUGCCCCGAUGAUGGCCAAGACAAUUAAAGCAUUCAAGAACAGAUUCUCCCGACGAUAAGUAGGACUUGCCUUGGAGGUGGAGUCUGGGAAGCAGGAACACGGGGACAGUGGGGACAGGAGGGACAGGAGAAGAGGAUGUCCACAGAAGACCCCUAGCUUUUGUUUGUGGAACUUUUGACCUCUGACUCCUGCACAGUAGCAGGAGUCUCCCUAUGCAUUGCGCCCUGCACCCUGGCUGGAUCACACUUCAGAUUUCUGAAGACAGUAUGAAGCCUCAGUCAUACUGAGACUUUAAGGUCAAUUAUACUUUUAUUGCUAAUUAGCAUCUUUGUAAACUAUAAGACAUAGUUUUAAUUAAUAAAUAUUGCCCC